UUUUCUCUUCUUUCCUUCAAACAUCCUACCAAGGCUACUGCAAGCUUUUCCUGAUCCCGAGUGAAAAUGUUUCCCCUUACAUCGUCUAAAGCUUCAUUCCUGCUACAUUUCUCUCUAAUUGCCUCACUUCUGCUGGCUGCCUCCGCUGGUAACUUUUACCAAGAUGUCGACCAGAAUUUUGGGGAUCAACGGUUUCAGAUUCUUGAGGGUGGCCAACUUCUUACGUUGUCCUUAGACAAGUUAUCUGGUUCUGGAUUUCAGUCCAAGAAUGAGUAUUUAUUCGGGCGAUUUGAUGUGCAGCUCAAGCUUAUACCUGGCAACUCUGCUGGCACAGUCACGACCUUUUAUUUAUCAUCUCAAGGAUCAGCACAUGAUGAGAUUGAUUUUGAGUUCUUGGGCAAUUCUUCUGGACAGCCUUAUACAAUCCACACCAAUGUUUAUGCUCAGGGAAAAGGUGGCAGAGAACAACAGUUUCGCCUGUGGUUUGAUCCCACAACAUCCUUCCACACCUAUUCAAUUGUUUGGAAUCCUCAAAGGAUCAUAUUCUUGGUGGACAACAUACCAAUAAGAGUAUUCAACAAUCAAGAAUCAAAUGGAGUACCUUACCCAAAGAACCAGGCCAUGAGAGUCUAUUGCAGCUUGUGGAAUGCAGAUGACUGGGCUACACAAGGCGGCCGUGUUAAGACUGAUUGGACACUUGCCCCAUUCACUGUUUCUUACAGAAACUUCAAUGCAAAUGGAUGUGUUAAGAUACCUGGAUCGUCAGCCUGCGGUUCCACAAAUUCAUUGAGCAAUGAUCAGGCAUGGCAAACCCAAGGACUUGAUGCUAAUGGCCGCAACAGAAUCCGAUGGGUUCAACAUAAAUACAUGAUCUAUAACUACUGCAAUGAUGCUUCCAGGUUUCCACAAGGUUUUCCAUCGGAAUGCAAGGGUUCUAGGUUCUAGCUUUCUCAAAAGUCUUCCUUUGUAAACAUCAGUUCAAAAUUCUUUAUUCAUUUUGUAAAUUUAGCCCAGGGUAGAAAAAAUUCAUUAUUCUUUUGUAACACAU